CUCUCUCGCCUUUGUUAUCACUCUUCUUCGUUCUCUUUCUCUUAGCUCAUUUCAUUUUUGCUAAGACUUUUUUGUAUUAUAUAUAUACCUGCAAGGAUAUAUACCCACCUUUCUUUCCUGAAAAUUGCAGAGAUCAGAUACAAUGUCAGAAGAUAUGAAUCUAUCCAUAAAUGGGCAGUUUCGGGUCCCUCCUGGUUUCAGAUUUCAUCCUACAGAAGAGGAGCUUCUUCACUAUUAUCUCAGAAAGAAAGUGGCUUUCCAAAAGAUAGACCUUGAUGUUAUUCGAGAAGUUGAUCUCAACAAACUUGAGCCAUGGGAAAUACAAGAGAAGUGCAAAAUAGGAUCCACCCCACAGAAUGAUUGGUACUUCUUCAGCCACAAGGACAAAAAGUAUCCUACGGGGACCCGAACUAAUCGUGCAACGGCUGCCGGGUUCUGGAAAGCAACUGGGCGUGAUAAGAUUAUUUAUAGCGGUUUAAAAAGGAUUGGAUUGAGAAAGACAUUGGUUUUUUAUAAAGGAAGAGCUCCACAUGGACAAAAAUCUGAUUGGAUUAUGCAUGAGUACAGGCUCGAUCAUAACAGUACUAGUACCCUUGACGCUACUGCAUCAAAUGGCAUUGGAGAUUCAGUGCCUGAAGAAGGUUGGGUGGUUUGUCGUGUAUUUAGAAAGAAGAAUUAUCAGAAAACCCUAGAAAGUCCUAAAAGCUCUUCCUCAACUUGUCUGGAUUCAAAGGGGAAGAUGCUUGGUUCAUGCAACGAUGGGGUUCUAGAUCAAAUUCUUUUUCAUAUGGGAAGGACUUGUUGUAAGAUGGAGAAUGGUUCAUUGAGCAACAACAACGUUGAUAUCCCCAACACCAACAACGGGGUACAUGAAAGGUUCAUGCAUCUGCCCAGGUUGGAAAGCCCAACACUCUUUGAUCAAGAUAGAAGCUUCAUCAAGCCUUGUUGUUACCACUCCAUCGACGAUAUGCUGACUGAAACUGAACCAUCUUCGAUCAACCAACGAGGCACUGCUGGUGUUUGUGAGUCCAACAAUGGCGUUAAUGAUUGGGUCACCUUGGACCGACUUGUCGCAUCCCAGCUAAAUGGUCAACAAGAAACUAGCAAGCAACUAUGGUGUUUUAAUGACCCUAAUGCUGCUUUCAGUCUUUGUCACGAUGAUGAUGUUCAACUAUCGCACUUAAAUUUGCUCAGAUCAAAUCAAAACUCCAACGUAUACAGAGACGAGAAUGAUCUAUGGAGCUUGACCAAGUCGUCGUCACCGUCACCCUCAUCAACAUCAGACCCUUUAUGCCAUCUAUCGGUAUAAUAAAACUAAAUGUCAAUAUCAUAUAAAAGGACUGGCCGAGUAUAUAGGUAUGUAUGACUAUGUAUAUAUGUAUAUGUAUGUAUUUGCAUAAAAAAGGGUGAAGAACUCUGAGAUGGGAAAGCGUUGUUACACUCAGAAAAAAAAAACGAUGUUAUGGAUCAAUAAACCAAUCAUCUCACCAUAUAUGAAGGAUUAUUAUUACAGGGAA